CCACAUGGCAGGUAUACUGCAGUGAUAAGGGCUGAGUUUCAAUGGAACUGAACUUUGCUCCACAUUAGAGUUUUACAGCCUCAGGUGGAGUCCUGCUGUUCACUGGCUAUUCGGGAAAUGAAGCAUUACACACACCUCAACUUGGGCUCUCAAGCAGGUAACAGCACCAGCAUGACUGUUUGCUGGAAAUCAUGGCCUAACCUCUUCCACAUCUAUAUACUUCUGUGUGCACCUGGAGUGUUGUCAGGACAGUUCCAGCUGGAGCCGCUGAAUUCAACGGUGCUACAAGGUUCUGAUGUGCGAUUCAACACCACUGUACAAGGAAUAUGGAAGGUUAUGACCUGGACUGUCCAAGGAUAUUUGGUCCUCACGAUUUCUGUCACCGGUAACAUAACCUCAUCUUCAGAGCAGUUCUCUACUAGAUUCUGUUCCACUGGUGUGACCAGCUGUGUGGAGUUCACCAUCCAUAAUGUCACCCGCAAGGAGGCUGGCCCGGUCAUUUGCAGUGUGCUGGGGGAGUUUGGAUCAAAGACGGCACAGCUCUACGUACAACAGAGCGGUACAGUUAACAUCAUGGGAGGAAAUGUGACGGCAGUGCAGGACCAACAGGUGGAGUUCCAGUGUAUAAUAUCUGCCUGGUUCCCCAGACCCACUGUCACCUGGACCCAGAAUGGUCAAGCUGUGGACAAAAACCUGUACAACACCACAAACGUGUUUGAUGGGGAUGUUUUCAACUCCACCACUGUCUUGAAGUUUCAGGCAGUCAGCAACAUGACAGUGGAGUGUCAGGCAACCCUGCCGACACUACCAAGCCCACAAUCCAGCUCUGUGUUCUUGGUGGUUGUUCCCAAACCUCCUGACUGGACCGUGCUGAUAGCUGUGGUCGUGUCCAUUGGAGGUUUUGCUCUGCUGGUUUUGCUCAUCAUUGGAAUAAUCUUCUGCUACAAAGGCAGGAAAGAAAAACAACCCAACUACCAAGAUGAAAUGAGCAGAAGAGUGAGGACACAGAGCCAGAUAAGUAGUGUCAGUGCAGCUGCACUGAGACAGGGCCAAGUGAACGCAGGAUAUGUGCUGGAGGGUCAAACAAGUGUCACUCCCAGUGAACACAGUGACUGUGACUUUUACCAGGCAAAUAGCUCCAAGGUUUUUGAGAUACCCGAUGUUGUGAACAGUAACCCGGCAGGAAAUGGCUACAAUAGUGCCUACGCCACUGUGGAUGAAUCACGCUUCAGGAAACACAGACAUGUCACCAUUGUGUAAGGAUAAACAGAGGACAUCUGCAAAUGUUUAGGAGUUUUAAAACAAACUUGUACAGCACGUUUAAGCCUUACUAGUUUGGUUUCUGUUCUUGUGUAAGUGAAAUGAUGUGACAAAAAUAGACGUAGGUGUCCAUACAAGGUAAACAAGACAGUCAUCAUCGACAGACAUAGAGAAAAUAACAUAAAGCAGUUGUGAUGUAUGUGGUGAUUUGAUAAGAGUCUGGAGUAGAGAUUAGAUGAUAGGUGUGUGUGUGUCUGUGUGUCUGUGUCUGUGUCUGUGUGUCUGUGUCAAACAAUUUAUGUUUCCUUUGGGUAGACUUUAAAGAGGUAGCCUGCACCUUUGAUACUAACUUGUAGGAAAAGCCUGUGCCAUUGGUGUAUGACUUUGUAAAUGUAUUCUAUUGCACCUCAAAUAUUUGUAUCAUUGUAUGAGCUCUUUUUACGUGGACAUAAAUAAAUUGUUAUUACAGUUACAAACGUCAGUUGUUAUAAAUACAAUUGAUGUUUGUAUGAGAGGCUUUAACAUGUGAAGAAUGAGAUAGUAGUGUGCUCAAGGACCGUCUUUAUCACAUGGUACUCAAGAACAAAUGCAGGUGCUCUUGAAGAAAAGGGUCAGCACAUGGGAACAAAAGAUGAACUUCAGGCACUCAUGUGUGGAGCAGAGACAGAAGCAUUCAAAUUAAGUUUAAAAGCCUUUAUUUCAAAACAUGGCUAUUUACAUUAAAAACACCGACCGGUUUCGACUCUGUGGUCUUCAUCAGGGUGCAAAAGGUUAGAGAUUAGUUAAAGAAACCCUCAGGUAUCUUAAAGUUUCUCAUUAACACAUGUAAGCACUGUCCUAAUGUGGUUCAAACAAAGACCUUCACUGAUUUCAAGAGGACAUAUAAGGACAUAUAACCAAAGGAAUUUCAUUAACUGCAAUACAGCAUUUGUUUUAUAUCGUCUAACAUGCCCAUGCAACUGUUUUUUUGUAGGACGCACCAAAAGACGACUUAAGGACAAAC